ACAUCAGAAAAUGUAAAUUCUUUAUUUGCUAUACAUUAUUGUAAUUGUAGGUAAAUUAAAGUAUUAAAAACUUCAUGUCAAAUUUUGUAAGAAAACAUGUUAAAUAAGAUUCAAAAGUAAAAUUAUUUUAUAUUUUAAUGGAACAUAUUUCUUAUAUUAUAUAAAAAAUUCAAAAUUUAAGAUCUAAAAGUCGAACUUAGUAAAAAUCAUAAGCUCUUAACAUUUUAUUUUGGAAAUACUAUUUUAAAAAUAAAUUCAUUUUAUGUUUUCUAAGGUAACAUUUUUUUCUAUUAUAUAAAAAUCAAAUAUUUAAAAUCAAAAAGUUAAACUCAAUAAAAAUCAUAUUCUUCAUCAUUGAAUUUUGGUAACAGAAAGAUGCUAGAUUUUUAUAUUUAAAGAUUCAAGUGAUGAAAUUUCAUAGAUAUAAGUUUAGUCGGAUAUUUAUCAUCUACAUAAAGCAAACAUUCGAUAUUAUCACCUUAAAUGUUGAAGAUUCGUUAGAAAUUUUUGAUUUUAGAAACCAAAAUCACAACUAAUCAAAUUCAAAAUAUGAAUCAUAAAAAAACCUAAGAUUUACAAAGAGAAGUAGAAGAAUCACCUUUACUCAUAUCUUCUUUCUUCCACGCUCUUCUCCUUCUUUAUCUUCCUCAAAUAACUCGGAUUCACCUAUCAUCAACAUGAAAAUAUAACCCACUGAGUAAACAAAACAUCUUAAGCAAACCAAGUUACUAAAAUUCUUAAACUUACUAAUCUCUUCAAAGCCACAUAGCCAGUUUCUUGCAAAUUUGAGAGCUUGUACAUUUGAUCAAAUGAAGAUGACGACUCUUAUAGUUGUUAGAACAUGAUUUCCAACGUUAAUUGAUGAUUCAUAAGACAAUGUUGUUACGAGAUAAAUCUUUAAAACAUCGUAUUGUAUUUGCAUUAUAUCAAGAUGUCUAAACUUUAAAAGACAACCAUAUCCAAAACUAGUUCAUCCAAAUACACAUCUAAAGCUGAUUUUCAUUUUCAUGAUUUUGAGAAAAAUGCAUAAAAGCUCUCCACUAUAAAGAUCAUGAAGAGUCAAGUGACAUACCUUAGUUUUGAAGCAGUAAGAAGUCGAUGAAAAAGAUCAAUUUCUUUUUGUGAAGGGUGAAGAACAAGGCUACAAAACACGAAGUUUUGAUGUGUGAAAAUGAAGAUUGAUUUCCCCCAAAUACAUUUGAUAUAAGUAUGUCAGCAGCCGAAAUUAGGCUUGAUUAGUCCAUUUGAACUCGCUUCUCGUAAAUGAGUAUGUGGAUAAUCGGCCUAUUACAUCAACUAACCUUUAGCGUCAGACUUGCAAGAUUUUUCUACUUCUUGGUCUUUUUUAAGUGUGAUGUUUGCUUAUAAUUGUCUUAUUUUUGUUUUCUGGUUAGAUAAUAUGACAACAAUUUUCUUAGUUGGAUUGCUUUUGUUAUCAACUUAUCAUACGUUGCGAACAUUUUCUCUGAAGAAUAAGGUAUUCUUACAAAAAAACUUUGAUUGACCAAAAAAGGUAAAAUGCAAUUUCUCUUUAUACGACCAUAUAAACAUAAAUUGUAUUUAUGUGUAGACAGCUACCAUCAUCCAACAAAAAAAAAAAGAAUGCUCUUAAGAUUUCCCCACAGAUAUUCUCUCUCUCCUCCAAGAACACAUGUAUAAAUAGACAAACACAUUGAUCCAAACACACAGACACAUUUUACACAAGUUAAGCUUUUCUUAUGUCAAACAGUAGUGAUUCUCCGACCACGGGGAAUAAACAAACGUUUAAUGUACCUUCCAUCGCAUUGCCUUCCAAAUCUUCUGAUCAGUCUCCCCAAACAUCUCCAGGCUCAUCUUCUUCCCCAUCCCCAUCGCCGGCGAGAAUAACGGCGACUAGAACAUCCGGCCGGCACUCAUUUUUCAGAGGAAUCCGGCUACGGAACGGGAAAUGGGUAUCUGAGAUUCGAGAGCCGCGUAAAACGACGCGAAUAUGGCUCGGGACUUAUCCGGUGCCGGAGAUGGCAGCUGCCGCUUACGACGUGGCGUCGCUAGCUCUGAAAGGCUCGGAGUCAGUUUUGAAUUUUCCCGGUUUGGUUUUGAGUUAUGUGGCUCCGGCUUCGAACUCUGCCAAGGAUAUAAGAGCUGCUGCCGCGAGAGCAGCAGAGAUGAAGCAACCCGGAAAGGAGGAGGAGGAAGAAGAAGAAGAAGCGUUGUAUUCUUCGUUGGAGUUUAUGGACGAGGAAGCGAUGUUGAAUAUGCCGAGUUUGUUUACGGAGAUGGCGGAAGGGAUGCUGAUGAGUCCACCAAGAAUGACGGAUCUAUGGAUGGAUGAUUCGCCGGAGAAUCAUGAAGGAGAUAGUCUCUGGAGUUACAAAUGAUUCCAUGCUACGUUUUCUUUGUCUGGUCAAAUGAGUUUUUCUUUGUUUUGCUUUUGGGUAGACAAAAGACCGAUCAAACCGGUCUGAAUAGAAUUAAACCAAAUUGAAUCUGAAGAAUAUCCGCGUAGAUCUUGUUUUAUGAUAUUUCAAAUUCAAGUUUUUGGGUCUUAUCUGAACUUGAAUAAAAUCUAAUAAAAAAUAUAUUCAACUCCGAAUAUCU